AUGGGUAGUCUGAACAAGAGCUUGGCGUUUCUCUCUGCCGCAGUUGGGAUCAGCUUGUUAUCCGGAGCUCAGCUGAGAAAGCCGGGGAGAUGCCCAGCUCGCUGCAGCUGUACGAGGGAUGCUGUCAUGUGCGUUGGAACUUCAUCUGUCCCGAGGAUUGCCCCCAAUGAUAUAAUCUCCCUGAGUUUGGUAAACGGAAGUUAUCGUGAAAUAACAGAAGGCAUGUUCUCAAACCUGCCGUUUUUGCAGCUUCUACUCCUGAAUUCAAAUUCAGUUACUUCAAUAAAAGAUGAUGCCUUUGCUGGGCUUCCACAUCUAGAGUAUUUAUUCAUUGAAAACAAUAAAAUUGAGUCUAUAUCGAAACAUGCUUUUCGAGGGCUCAGGGAUUUGAUCCAUCUUUCUUUGGCUAACAGCGACAUCAGAUCCUUACCAAGAGAUGUUCUCAGUGACUUGGAUUCCUUGGUUGAAUUAGAUUUACGUGGGAAUGAGCUCCAAUGUGACUGUAAAACAAAAUGGAUGACCACUUGGCUGAAGAGCAUAAAUGCCACUGUGACAAAUGUUUUCUGUGCUGGCCCACCAGAACAUAAGGGCAAGAAACUAAUAGACCUGACAGCUUCUGACUUUGACUGUAUGUCAACAGAGUUUGUGCUGCACCAGGUCUUACCAUAUGAGUCUAUAUCUGUGAACGCAUUCUCUUUUAAGGAUGAUGUGUAUGUAGCAAUUGCCGAACCUAAUGUAGGAAACUGCAGAGUACUUGAAUGGAGCUACAUUGAGAUGAAUUUUAGAAGUUAUGACAAUAUAACUGGUCAAUCGAUAGUUGGAUGUAAAGCAGUACCUAUUCAAGAACAAGUCUUUGUGAUAGUUGCACAACUCUUUGGUAAUUCUGUCAUUUACAAAUAUAAUGAGAGCUGGACCAAAUUUGUGAAAUUUCAAGAGAUCAACGUUUCUCAGAUUUCAAAACCAAAUGAUAUUGAGGCAUUCCAGAUUGAAAAUGAAUGGUUCUUCAUAAUAGUCGACAGUUCAAAAGCUGGGUUAUCAACAAUAUAUAAAUGGAGCGGCAAAGGAUUUUAUCCUUAUCAGACUCUGCAUGAAUGGUUCAGAGACACAGACUCAGAGUAUGUCAAUAUUGAUGGGAAAUCAUGUUUAAUAUUAACAAGUCAGUCGCAAGAUCCAACCAUCUUUGAAUGGAACAAAAAAACAAAACAGUUUGUUCAACAAAGUACAAUGCAACAUAUGGAGGAUGUUAUAGCUGUGGAAAGUUUUAGAAUUAAAAAUGAUCUGUUCAUCUGCCUGACAAAAUUUAUUGGAGAUUCUAAAAUUAUGAAAUGGAAUACAACACAUUUUGUUGAAGUUCAAGAUCUUCCUUCAAGAGGGUCAAUGAUACUGCAGCCAUUUUCAUUUAAUGAUCGACACUAUUUGAUCGUAGGAAGUGACUACACUUUCUCUCAGAUUUAUAUUUGGGACAAUCAAAAGAAAGCAUUCACAAAAUUUGAAGAAAUGUAUGUACAGGCCCCUCGGUCUUUUACUGCUGUAUCUACAGAUCGAAUGGAUUUUUUAAUUGCUGCAAGUUUUAAAGGUAGCACUCAAAUUUUUGAGCACGCAAUUGUUGAUUUGAGUCUGUAA